AUGGCAUCACCAGCAGUGACAGGACCAAUCCUGACCCUCAACAAUGGCGUCAAAAUGCCAGCUCUAGGUUUCGGAACCUUCGCCAACGAAGGCAGCAAAGGCGAAACCCACGCAGCAGUAAUCCACGCCUUGAACGCCGGUUAUCGACAUCUUGACUGUGCGUGGUUCUACCAAAACGAAGAAGAAGUCGGAUCAGGAAUGCGAGAAUUCCUAUCUGCGAAUCCAUCCGUUAAAAGAGAAGAUAUUUUCAUCGCUACAAAAGUUUGGAAUCAUUUACAUGAGCCGGAGGACGUGGAAUGGAGUAUCCGGGACUCUUUGGAGAAGCUGCAGACGCCAUACGUCGAUGCAUUCUUGGUACAUUGGCCGAUUGCGGCAGAGAAGAAUGAGGAUAGGACAGUGAAGAUUGGAGAGGAUGGAAAGUACAUAAUCAACCACCCCCUCACCCAGAACCCAGAACCAACCUGGCGCGCCAUGGAAAAAGUCUACACCCUCGGCCUCACCAAAUCCAUCGGCCUCUCGAACUUCACCGCCGAGGGAAUAACCCAAAUCCUCUCCCUCGCACGCAUCCCCCCCUCCAUAAACCAAAUCGAGAUCCACCCCUUCCUCCCCCAAGACAAACUCAUCUCCUUCUGCCUCUCGCACUCGAUCCUCCCCGUCGCAUACUCCCCGCUCGGCUCACAGGACCAAGUCCCCGGCACAGGCGAGAAGGUAUCUACGAAUAAAGAGCUGUUGGCUGUAGCGGAACGGAAUGGUUGGACGCUGGCGCAGGUGUUGAUUGCGUGGGGACUGAAGAGGGGGUAUGCGGUGUUGCCGAAGAGUAGUAAUGAGGGGAGGAUUAAGGGGAAUGCGAAGUUGGUGGUGUUGAGUGAGGGGAAUUUUGGGGAUAUUAAUAAGGUUGCGGAGGGGAGGUGGACGAGGUUUGUUAAUAUGAAGGGGACGUUUGGGUAUGAUGUUUGGCCGGAGGAGAAGUAG